UUACCUACGUUUGAAUUCAUUCAUUUCAAAAUAAAGAGACCCACAUAUAUUCUUGAAACAAUAAUCCCUUAGCUUGGGAAAACAUGAAGGAAUUAUCUUUCUUUCAGCUGAAAAAUGUCAUGGGAGCCAAGAUGAGGAAAGGUUUUAAAAGCUUCUGUAAUAACGAUACCUCUACUUCCACACUCGAUCAUCAAACCGCAACCUCUACCCGUCCUGUUUCAUCUCCUAAUUACAUCAUGGACAGUACUAGUGAUGUAAGGCUAAACGAAAGGGGAAGCCAGACAACAUUGGAGGAGAUGUUGCUCCGAUUAGACAUGGAGGAGAAUAUGACAAAGCUGAAUAAUGAAUAUGAGCCGCAUGUCCCGCAUAGAAUGUCAUGUGUCAACAGUUCUGACAUUCUAAGAACAGCAAGGAACGCUUUAAAUCAGUAUCCCCGAUUCUCCCUUGAUGGCAAAGAUGCCAUGUACCGGUCUUCCUUCCGCGACAUGUCUCCUUUACUGAGCACAAGUGAAGAUGCGAGAAAAUCAAUACGCUGCAACCGCAAAAUGGACAUGAAAAGUAGUCAAACUCAAAACAUGCCCCCGAUAAUAAGAGGAGAGAAAGUGAUUUGGUGUAAACCGGGAGUCGUAGCAAAGCUGAUGGGACUUGAGGCCAUGCCAAUGUCAAUUUCGAUGCAUAGAAAGCUUAACAAGGAUACAUUCAUGAGCUCAUUUAUCAAAAGACAAAGUCUAAGGAAAAGAGUACAAAGAUACGAGAUGGAGAAUAAGAGAUCAAGAGGAAGAGUUGUGGUGGGAACGGGAAUACACUGUGGUGGAUGUAACCCUAGAGAGAUGAGUCGGAGCUCUUGUUCUAGAAGUGACUAUGGUGUUAUGAAGCCUGUGGCAAUAGACCUCCAAGAAGUAGGCUGGCCAAUGCGAGGCGAGGUUUUGUACAAAAAAAAUGAUGGUACGUAAGAUAAGAAUGUCAAAAACAUAAACAAGAUCAGGACUAUCCUUUCUAUGUGUCAAAUUGAUUAAUUGUCUCUUUAUGCUUUCUAAAUAGUUGGAUACAAGAAUAUUAGCAUAAACCGGAAGUAGUAAUGUAGCAAAACUGCAUGUUUGAACGUACGUCAUGGUUUAAAGGACACCAUCUAAUAAAGCUUCUGAUAUCAUGCUACUAUCUCAA